UUCUCGAUCAUUUUCAUUUUCGACUUUCUCGAUUUCUAGUCAAUUGUUUGGGCCAAAAUUCGGGUAAAGACCUAUAAUUUUACAUUGUUUGAUCUUCUGUUUUUGAAGGAACCAAAAUCAUCAAUUGAUCAUCAUCAUCACCACACCAUCAGCAUGUCUUUCAUUUGAGAUAAAAAUCUUUUUCUAUCAAUAAUCUUUCAUUUUGGUUUUGUGUGUUGAAAUUGUCAAUGGUUUUCAAUAGACACAAAUGGGUAACAUAAAUACUGUUGGUCCAAAUGAGGCUCUUAUUAUCUCAGGGGGUUGUUGUAGUUCCGCAAGGAAAAUUAUGGUGGUCGGUGGUUGGGCCUGGUCUUGGUGUUUGUUAACUGAUGUUCAAAGAUUAUCACUUGAGGUGAUGACCUUAACACCUAAAUGUGAAAAUGUUGAGACCCUUCAAGGAGUUCCGUUAACUGUUACCGGUGUUGCUCAGUGUAAGGUAAUGAAAGAGAAAGAAUUUCUUACCAUAGCAGCCGAACAAUUUCUUGGAAAAGAUGUCAAUCAUAUCAAAUCAGUUAUACUUCAAACAUUGGAGGGUCACUUGAGAGCUAUAUUAGGUACUUUAAAUGUAGAAGAUAUUUAUAGAGAUCGUGACACAUUCGCUGGUCUGGUGAGAGAAGUUGCAUCUCCUGAUGUGGGUCGAAUGGGAAUUGAGAUUCUUAGUUUUACAAUCAAAGAUGUUUGCGAUCAUGUUGAAUAUCUCGCUUCUUUGGGUCGAGCGCGUAUUGCUGCUGUUAAAAGAGAUGCCAGUGUUGGUGUAGCUCAAGCUGAAAGAGAUGCGGGAAUAAGGGAAGCUGAAUGUAAAAAAGCAGCUUUAGAUGUUAAAUAUUCAGCUGAUACCAAGAUCGAAGAUUCUAAUAGACAAUUUCAAUUGCAAAAAGCUCAAUUUGAUCAAGAGGUGAACACCAAAAAGGCCGAAGCGCAACUUGCCUAUGAACUCCAAGCAGCCAAAAUGCAACAACAGAUCAGAAAGGAAGAGAUGGAAAUCGUUUUAACCGAAAAAAAGAAAUUAAUUGCCAUUGGAGAGAAAGAAGUUCUUCGAAAAGACAAAGAACUUCAAUCAACAGUUAAAUUACCAGCAGAUUUUGAAGCAAUCAAAUUAGACUUACUUGCCAAUGCAUUUAAAACUGAAACAUUGGAAGCGGCUCGUGGAGAUGCUGAGAAAAUUAAGCUGAUAGGUGAAGCUGAGGCUUCCGCUAUCGAAGCGAUCGGUAAAGCUGAGGCCGAAAGGAUGAGGAUGAAAGCGGCAGCCUACAAACAAUAUAGUGAAGCUGCGAUACUUUCACUUACUCUUGAAGCUCUUCCCAAGGUUGCUGCCGAAGUCGCUGCUCCUUUGGCUAAAACCGAUGAGAUCGUCUUACUGGGUGGGAAUAAUGCAAUAACUGGAUCGGUUUCUCAACUCGUCAGUGAAAUACCAUCGACAGUUCAAGCACUCACCGGACUAGAUGUGAAAAAAUCCUAUUCUUUAUUUCAGAAAUUUUUUAGUUCAUAACCAAUCAACUGAAGCCAAAUAUCGCCGAUGCAAACCAAAUUAAGCCAUAAUUUUUAUUUAAUUACUGAGAAAUUUUAUAAAUCAAUUUAUUACUUGCAUAAAUUUAAAUGGAUUGCAUAAUAAUAAUAGACGAAGACGCUUUUGGAUAUUAAUCGUGAUUAACGGGAAAUAAUUCACAAGCCGAAUAUUGAUCAUCAAUGAUUCCAACCAUUUUUGUAGUGACCAAUUUUCCAAUUUUUUUCUACACCAAAGAUCAACAAUCUAAUCUUGUAAAACUGAUUUUAAAUGAUUAACUAUUCCAUCUUACUGACUUAACAAUCACAUUUUUCAAUCAGAUUGUAUUUUAAUCUUAAUUUCAAAAACAAACUGAUCAAAAAACCCCUAAUUAAUUUACAAUCAAAGUAUUUAAAUAUAAAGAAACAAAAACAAUUACUAUAACAA